AAUUCAGUUGUUGUCACACACACACACACACACACACACACAGAGACAGAGAUAGAAAAUGAAAUGAAUUAAGUUAUAGCAUAUCCAAGGCUAGCAACAUCAAGGGCAUGAAAUUAAUCAACAUCCAAAAAAAUAUGGAGUUUGGAGAAACAGGGGAACCAGUAAGCCCUAAUGCACAAUACUUCAACAGCUCGAUCUUAUCACUAUCCAUUCUUGCAGUUCUGGAAUUUGAGAUUCCAAUCAACUUUACAGAUGCUCAAAUUAUAUCACUCAUCAGCCAUGUUUUUCUGCCCAUCAAUGAACGCUUCUCUUCCAUUAUGGUUGAGGACCAAAAUGGAAAGAAACGAUGGAAGAGAGUUGAGGUAUUGCUUGAAGACCAUGUCAAAACCCCCAUUUUUCCAUCCAGCCUUUCGCCGGAAUCAUAUGAUGACCACUUUGAUGACUACCUAUCAAAAAUUUCACAAGAAAGAUUUUCACAAAAUAAACCUCUAUGGGAAAUUCACAUUGUCAAAUAUCCAACUACCAAGGCAGCUGGUAGUGUCAUAUUCAAGCUUCACCAUGCACUUGGCGAUGGUUACUCCCUUAUGGGUGCUCUUCUUUCUUGUUUACAACGAGCCGAAAACCCUUCUCUUCCUUUAACAUUUCCUUCACGCAGAAGCUCAAGAUCAAUGAUCAACCGUGAGAAACGGAGUGUAUUUUCUUAUAUUCCUCAUUUUUUCUCAUCGAUUUUCGAAACUGUAUCAGAUUUUAGUUGGAGCAUCUUGAAGAGCAGUUUAAUUGAAGAUCACCAAACAGCAAUAAGGUCUGGAAAUGAAGGACUUGAAUUUCAACCAACUAUAAUAACUACCAUAGCUUUCUCUCUUGAUCAAAUCAAGUUAAUCAAGGACAAGCUUGGAGUGACGAUAAACGACGUGAUCGUGGGGAUAAUAUUUUUGGGCAGUCAACUCUACAUGCAAGAGAUAAGCAUAAGUCAAGAAGCAAACAACAUUAGCAGUGGCAGUGAGUCACAUAGUACAGCACUUGUGUUGCUGAAUACAAGGAUGCUUGGAGACUACAAAUCUAUUAAGGAGAUGACCAAACAUAAAGCAGACAUGCCAUGGGGAAACCGAUUUACAUUCUUGCAUAUUCCAAUACCAAGCUUAAAAAAACUCUCUAAUCCUCUAGACUUUGUAUACUAUUCUCAAAAAUUAGUAGCCAGGAAGAGAAACUCUUUCGAUGUUUAUCUCACUAGCAUGUUACUGGACAUUAUGAAGAAACUUGGAGGCGCUGAUGCAGUAUCCCGAUACAUUCGCAAGACAAUGAAGAAUACCAGCAUGACAAUCUCAAAUAUGAUAGGUCCAGUGGAACAAAUGGCAUUAGCUAAUUAUCCAAUUAAAGGCUUAUAUCAUAUGCUGAUUGGUACACCUCAGGACCUUAACAUUUCAAUAAUAAGUUAUAUGGGAGAGCUAAGGGUUGCUUUUGGAACUGAGAAAGGGCACAUAGAUCCUCACAAAUUCAAGUUAUGCAUGCAAAAUGCCUACGAGAUCAUAUUAGAAGCCACCCUCAAUAAAUCUACAAAGAAUAAAUUAAAUUAAGAAGAGGAAUUCUUCAGUUGUGUCGUUCAAUUCUAAUAAACUAUGUAACUUCUGUUUGUUUUAUUUUACUAUUUAGUUUUUAUGUUAUUGGAACUCAUCACCAUAAACCUAAAAGGAAAAAAAAAAAAAAAAAAA